AUGACCGACGAAAGAAAGUCCCUUGAGAAGGGCGAUGCAUCGUCCACAAUCCACGCAAUCGAGCCUGAACUCGGCAUCAGCGAGCCCGUCAAUGCUCUCCAAAGAUUUGCAAACAAGCUAGAUGCCGUCUGUGGUGUCGAAGCCCGCGGUAUCGAGCGGAUACCAGAAGAAUUGCGCGAACGAGCCAUGACAUAUCGCGACUACAUCCAUAUGUUUACCAUCUGGUUUUCCAUGAACUGCACUGCGAAUCAACUCACUUUGGGUGUCCUCGGGCCCGUGAGUUACAAUCUAGGUCUCACCGAUUCGCUCAUCCUCUGUCUCUUCGGCACAAUCUUCGGAUCUGUAUGCACUGGCUACAUAUCCACAUUUGGGCCCCGCUCCGGUCUACGCACCUUGAACGUAGCCAAGUACACAAUGGGCUGGUGGCCAUCAAAACUCUGCGUUAUACUCAAUCUAUGUAUCGAGAUUGGAUACGGACUCAUCGAUUGCUUGGUGGGCGGCCUGCUCUUAUCUGCGGUGAACGGCGGAGGCAUGUCUGUCAUCGUUGGUAUCGUCAUCGUUGCGCUCAUAACCUGGGUCGUGGUUACUUUUGGCAUAAAGUGGUUCUACAAGUUUGAGCAAUUUGUUUGGGCGCCCACCGUUCUCGUCCUCUUCAUCCUCAUCGGCGUCGCGGGUCCACAUUUCGACACCACCCUCGCCUCGUCCGGAUCCGGCGCCGUCCUCCACGGAAACCGGCUCUCGUACUUCUUCCUAGUCGCGUCUGGUCCCUUGAGUUGGUCAUCCGCAUCCGCUGACUACGUCGUCUACUACCCCAAGACAACAAACCGGUGGUUCACAUUCGCUGCCACAACCUGCGGUAUCACGUGUGGGAAGCUGCUCAUCGAGUUCCUGGGUAUAGGUCUCGGCUCUGGAUUGUUGAAGAAUCCUUCGUGGCAGGAAGCUUUCGACUCUGAUGGCAUCGGUGCGCUUGUCGUAGAGGCAUACCGUCCGCUAAAUGGUUUCGGCAGUUUCUGCUGCGUGAUUCUAGCUGUGUGCAUUGCUGCGAACAAUAUCCCGGGUACGUACGCUGCAGCACUCAACUGGCAACAACUUGGUGCGCCAUUUGCGAAGAUUCCCAGGCCUAUCUGGAGUACUUUCUCCUGCAUAAUCUUCACCAUCAUCGCCAUUGCAGGCCGCGACUCACUCUUCGAUAUCUUCAUCAACUGGCUGAGUUUGAUUGGGUACUGGACCAUUAUCUGGAUCACCAUGACGGUUCAAGAUGAAUACAUCUUUCGCAAAGGCGUCUUCGACUGGGAGAUUUGGAACCGCAAAGAUCUGUUGCCACACGGGUUUGCGGCCUUGUUUGCCAUGAUAGUGGGAUGGGUAGGCGCUGUGUUGUGCACCAUGCGCUUCUCUAACAUCGCGGUCGCUACCCUGGGUGCUAUCGCGAGUGCGGCACCGACAGCUUCACAGUUCCAACCACGUCAAGCAACGACUGCCAGUGAGCGACUUGGUCUGACAUGGCUUGGCGGUAACAGUAGUUUGCCCAAAGUUCUUGUCCUAUUUACCGGAGGCACCAUUGCAGGAGGCUCAAUAUACGGUGCUCUGGACGACACACAAUACGGCCAGCUCAGUCAAACAGGAGAGGACAUAAUUGCCCGCAAUCCCUACCUUCUCAACAACACCCAGCUGGCCGUCUCCAACUGGACCACAGAAGACGACGGCUCGACCGGAACAAAUGACGCUCUAGUCAUGAACAUGACGCGUUUCGCCCACGAUGCACUCUGUUCAGAAGACAGCGACAUUGUCGGUGCAGUAUACACCCACGGCACCAACUCUCUCGAAGAAACAGCCUUCCUCAUGGACUCGCUCGUAAACUGCGGAAAGCCCAUUGUCGGAACCGGAAGUAUGCGUCCAUUCACCCAUCUCUCCUGGGACGGAGAAGCCAACUUCUUCGACGCUGUGAUGUUAGCUGCAAGCCCUGAGUCUCAGAACCGAGGUUUGAUGGUGGCUUUCAAUGCGCGCAUCAUACCGGGAUACUGGGUCACGAAGCUGCAUUCGACGAACCCGGAUGCUUUUGGUCCUACGUCUGGUGGGGAUCUGGGCAUGUUUAUCAACAGUCUGCCCAUCUUCUUCAAUACGCCGAGCCAGCCGUUGUACAAGUACUACUUCGAUAUCGGCACCGUGUCUUCUCAUCCUACGUACCCUGCGCUUCCAAAGGUCGACAUCCUCUACGCAGCCCGCGAGUUCGAUGGCAAAUUAGUGUUGGACGCGCAAGCCAAUGGCGCUGAAGGUGUUGUUAUUGCGGGUACUGGUAACGGCGGCGUGCCAAGUGGCCAGGAAGAGAUUACUGAAGCGUUGGACAGCGGGCUUCAGAUCGUUGUGGGAACUCGCAGUCCGCAUGGACCGUCUAGUCCGGCUCGGACACCUACGUUCGCGAAGUCAGGAUUUGUGCAUCCUAUUCAAGCGAGGAUCAUGCUCCAGCUGGCUAUUGCGAGCGGAAUGAAUAUGAAUCAGACGAUUGAUGUGUUUGAGGGUGGUUUCAGAAAGGCUAUUGGACAGCCUUGGGAUCCAAGCAGCUAA